ACCAGGACAUGCCCAAUUUCGUUUAAACGACAUCGUUUUCAAGGAUGCUGAAUCGUCAUUUUUCCUAACAUUUCCAAUAAUCAGCGAAACCCACCCCACUCGUCGCCCGGGAUAUAUUACGUACACGUGUAUGCAUAGGUCAUUCCAGUGUACUAAAUUGGUUUAUUGAAUACUCGAUGAGUUGUAAUACCACGUCGCAGUUAAUGGACAAGCUUUACAUGGAUCUUGUGAAUUCUCGUAGUGGUAACAACAGCAGUAGUAGCAACAUUGAUUUAAUCAAUUUCAUGAAGAACCAGUCGGAAGAUCGUCGGAAGGAAAACGACAUCGUGCCGAGCUACGAUUUUAUGCCUGUUCGUUCCGCCGGAGGUUCAUCAUCGCGGCCUCUGACCACGGCGAAUAUUGAUUCCGGCAAUUUGGGUGGUUCGCCCAGGGAGUGGAAUUCUGCUGAUUCCAAAACUAAUUCAUCUUCCAUCAGAAAUUACAAUUCUCUCGAUGUCAUUGAACCAACCAAAGUCACUUUAGAAAAAGACCACGAAGUCAUAAAUGAGUCUUUGGUGUCUGAGAUUGAUAGAACAAUGAAGAAGUAUGUUGAUCAUCUGAUGCAUGCUUUGGAUGGUGUCACUGUGCGACUGUUGCAGUUGGAGACCAAGACUUGCAACCUUGAAAGUUCGAUGGAUGAUCUGAAGUUGUCUGUUGGGGACAAUCAAAGAAGCACUGAUGGAAAAUUGAGACAGAUGGAGAAUAUUCUCAGAGAGGUGCAAAUACACAUUAUUAGGGAUAAACAAGAAAUAGUGGAAGCUCAAUUGCAGAUGGGGAAACUGCAAGUUUCAAAGGUCGGGCAACAAGUGGAAACCCACAACACGUCAUGUGCAGAUUCCACGCGGACUGGAAUUUCAACAUCUCAGAAUUCUCACCAGCAAUUUCCUACUCUUCCUUCUGUACGGCCAACUUCAAUCCGUGCUCUACCAAACGCUCCUCCUCCACUGCCUUCCCAGCAGGAUUUACAACCUCUGGUUCAGCUUCCGACCCAGUUUCCCCAAAACCAAGUUCCUUCCGUCACUCAGAGGGAGUCUUACUUCCCACCUCCUGGCCAAACUCUUGAAAACCUGAGUCAGCAGUACCAAGUACCUCCACAGCAUCAGCAAAUGCUUUCCUCUCCACCUCUACAGCCACAGUCCUCUCAGCCACCUCCACCUCAACCCCACCCUGUAUUAUCAACUGUUUAUCCCUCUCAGCCUCAGCCUGCAUUAGGUCAUCAUCAUGAAGAAACACAGUAUCUACAACCCGAAACAUACCAGCCAAGCAAUUGUCCACCACUCUCUCAUCCCUCGCAACAAUUUUGUGGGCCUUCUGAAAACAUGUAUCAGCCUCCAUCCAGCAAACUGACCCUGGGAUUUCCUGUUUCUUAUGGCCAAUCUUCUGGACCCCGGGAACUAUAUUCUUACAGCAGCUCACCUAUGAAAUUGCAGCAACUUCCUUCUCCUCUUAUGGGCCAGAACAGUGGAAGUGGUUAUCCCCAACUCCCUCGUGGCCAGAUAUUACCUCAUGUGCGACCUAUUGCCUCUGGGCUAGGUGGUGAUUCGGGGUCAGGUGGUACUGGAAACAGGGUUCCUAUUGAUGACGUGAUUGACAAAGUGACAACUAUGGGAUUUUCACGAGAUCAAGUGAGGGCAACAGUUCGGAAGUUAACAGAGAAUGGACAGUCGGUUGAUUUGAAUGUUGUCUUAGACAAACUGAUGAACGAUGGGGCAGGCCAGCCUCCACAUGGAUGGUUUGGUCAGUGACAAGUUUUGUGCUUCACGCUUAUGCAUAGGGGCUUGAAGUACUCGUCCUCAAACCUUGGCUGGAAAGUGGUAACUACAUGUCAUUUUAGAUUGUGUAAUUUUGUUCCUGUCAUAUUUUUGUAGAUUGAGGGUAUUCUUCCUUGCUACACCGUUUUUCUGUUUUCCUUUCUAUUUGUAUAUAUGCUCUCCUCGAUUUGUGCGCAUUAAGUUACAAACCUCGUAAUUUCAAGGUUUCAGUUUGUACUUGAUAUGAAGUUAAAAACUUCUGUUUAUUAUAGAGAAUCAAAUCAUUCUCUCUUUAUUUU